AUGCCCUCAGUGAUCUCUUCGGGCGGCAUCACCAAGUUCACCAACUGCCGCCUCACGCGUGGGGACAAUCUCGUAUCCGAGGACCUUUGGGUGAGCUCUCACACUGGUACUAUUCUGUCUAGCCAGGCGACCUUUUUCGAUUCUGGCACUCUGCCCGACCGUAUCAUUGAUCUCGGGGGCCGUAUAAUCUCUCCUGGUUUGAUCGACGUCCAGCUCAAUGGGGCAUUCGGCUUCAACUUCUCAACAUUGCCCGAUGACAUUUCGGAGUAUCCUAAGGCUGUCGCAGAUGUGAAUAAGAAGUUAACCACUACGGGUGUCACUUCAUAUGUCCCGACCUUGACUAGUCAAAAGCCAAUUCUCUAUCAAAAGGUGCUACCUUUUCUUCGUCCAAGCCGCCUUCGGUUUGCCCAUGACGGAGCAGAGUCCCUUGGUGCACAUGUGGAGGGGCCUUUCCUCAACCCCGGGAAGAAUGGCAUUCACGAUGUCAACGUGCUCCAGGAGGCCUUCAGCUUCCAAGAUAUUGAAACUUGCUACGGCGUGGAGAACUUGGGCAGAUCAGGGGAGCCAAACGCUGAGCCCGCUCCGAUAAAGAAGAUCACCCUCGCCCCAGAGCGCGGGAAUAUGGUGCAGCUAAUCCCUGAGCUGACCAGCCGAGGCAUCAUCUGCUCUAUCGGUCACUCCGAAGCAACGUACGAAGAGGCUUCAGAUGCCGUCGCAGCUGGAGCUACAAUGAUCACGCACCUCUUCAAUGCCAUGAGGCCUCUCCAUCACCGCAAUCCCGGAAUCUUCGGCGUGCUUGGAGUUGUCACCGACAAGCUCCCGAGGCCUUACUUCGGUAUCAUCGCCGAUGGCAUUCACCUCCAUCCCACCGCUAUCAACAUCGCUUUCAAUGCUCACCCGGAGGGAUUCAUUCUCGUUACUGAUGCCAUGCACCUGGUUGGGCUCCCGGAUGCCGUGUAUCCCUGGACUAACGGCGACGUGGAUAGUAGGAUCGUCAAAGUUGGGCCGACGCUGUUACUGGAAGGGACAGACAAGAUUGCUGGAAGUUCUAUCACCCUGAUCGAGUGUGUGAAUAAUUUCCUCAAAUGGUCAGGUACCUCGGUCGGCAAAGCGCUCAAGGCAGUCACUUCAACGCCAGCAGCCAUGCUCGGUGUCGAAGACCGCAAGGGGAGCUUGGACGUGUGUGCCGACGCUGAUCUCGUCAUCUUCUCCGAGGAGCAAACGACUGAAGGUAUCACGCAGCUCGUAGUUGAUGAAGUCUGGAAGCUGGGAACUCAGGUCUACUUGCGAAAAGGGGCAACCGGGAUGGCGAAGAAGGCUUAG